AACUUCUUUCGCACCGUACGUAGCCAAUCGUGCUCAUCGGACAACCAGGUGCGGAAGGACAACCAACUUAACACACGUUUUGGCUGGUGCGUUGUCAUUCCAGGCGACUGCUGGCUGCUGGCGGCUAUCGCCUCCCUGACGCUGAACGAGAAACUGCUGGCGCGAGUCGUACCCUCGGGCCAAGAGUUCACCGGUGGCUACGCCGGUAUCUUUCAUUUCCAGUUCUGGCAGUUUGGCGAGUGGGUCGACGUGGUGAUCGACGACCGCCUGCCCGUCAAGUCCGAGCUCGUGUUCGUCCACUCGGCCGAAGGCAAUGAGUUCUGGAGCGCUCUCCUAGAGAAGGCCUACGCCAAAAUGAACGGCUCGUACGAAGCCCUGACCGGGGGCAGCACGAGCGAGGGCUUUGAGGACUUUACGGGCGGUGUCACCGAGACGUUCACCCUCUCCAAGGCGCCCCAUAACCUCUGGAAACUCCUCAACCAGGGCGUGCAGAGAGGCUCGCUCAUGGGCUGCUCCAUCGACAUAACGAGCGCGGCCGACACGGAGGCCAUCACGACGUGGAAGCUGGUGAAGGGCCACGCCUACUCCGUCACGGGUGUGGACCAGGUGUACCACAACGGAGGCAUGGUGAAGCUCGUCCGUAUCCGAAACCCCUGGGGCCAAGUCGAGUGGGUCGGCCCGUGGAGUGACAGCUCGCGGCAGUGGAACGAGGUGUCGGACGACGAUCGGGAUCGGCUCAUGGUCAAGAGCGAAGAUGGCGAGUUCUGGAUGUCGUACGACGACUUCUUGCGCCAGUUCUCACGGCUGGAGAUCUGCAACCUGACGGCGGACGCGCUCUCGGACGAUAAUCUCCACUUCUGGAGCUCCGUGGUGCACGAGGGCAGCUGGGUGCGCGGCUGCAGCGCCGGCGGCUGCCGAAACUUCCCGGACACUUUCUGGAGCAACCCGCAGUUCCGGCUGAGCCUGCUGGAGGAGGACGACGACCCCGAGGACGACGAGGAGGGCUGCACCGUCGUGGUGGCGCUCAUGCAGAAGGACCGACGCAAGCAGCGCCGGCAGGGCCGCGACCUCCUCACCAUGGGCUUCGCCAUCUACCAGGUCCCACAGUCGCACGUGGGGCAGCCGCAGCUGAAGCUGAAGAAGGACUUCUUCCAAUUCCACGCGUCCAAGGCGCGCUCCGAGGUGUUCAUCAACACUCGCGAGGUGUCCCAGCGCUUUCUGCUGCCCCCGGGCGAGUACAUCGUCAUGCCCUCCUCCUUCGAGCCCAACCAGGAGGCCGACUUCAUCCUGCGCGUCUUCUCGGAGAAGCAGCAAGCGGUGGAAAAAAUGGACGAUGACGUCGACAUUGUAAUGCCCGAGUUGGACUUGGAGGUGCCAGUGGACCCGGCCUUCGUCAAUGUGUUUGCCAGGCUCGCCGGAGCGGACAACGAGAUCAGCCCCACGGAGCUGCGGGACAUCCUCAACCGCGUUGUGGAAAACGUGAGCGGCGCGCAUGCCGACCUCAAGACGGACGGCUUCAGCCUGGACGCCUGCCGCAACAUGGUGUCACUCAUGGACAGGGACGGCAACGGCAAGCUGGGCAUCAAGGAGUUCAACUUCCUGUGGCAACGCAUCAAGACGUGGCAGCAAAUCUUCCGACAGUUCGACAUGGACCACUCGGGAAACAUGAACGGGUACGAGUUCCGCCUCGCUCUGGCUGAAGCAGGCUUCCGUCUGAACGACCAGCUGACACAGACCAUCACCAUGCGCUACAUGGAGGAGAGCGGAGUCAUCGACUUCGACAACUACCUGUGCUGCCUCGUGCGGCUCGAGACCAUGUUCCGGAUAUUCCAGGCCCUCAACAAGGAUGGUGAUGGAACCAUUAAGCUCAAACUGCCCGAGGUGAGUUGGCUGCGUAUUUACGUACAAGCCUCGCUCACCAGCUCGCUCACCAGCUCGCUCAUCAGCUCGCUCACCAGCUCGCUCACCAGCUCGCUCACCAGCUCGCUCACCAGCUCGCUCACCGCCAUGCCCAGCAACUUACCAUCGCGACACUCGAACGCCAACUUUCUUGCCCCAUAG